GAAGUGCGUCGAUAAGGUGGAAAGGAUCUGGCGGAGUCUCUAUAUAAACUGUUCGGCAUAGAGUGUCACCAGCCAGUUCGACGUUAAGCGCCAGCCCUUGCGAAGCUAACCCGAUUUCUGAGAUCUGCGUUCCGAAGCUACCGAAAUGUCCUCUUUCAAAGUAGCCCUAGUGCAGUUGAAAGGGCGCCCGACCAAGAAGGAGAAUAUUGCGAACGCGAUUGCCGAAGUCCGGUUGGCAAAGGAUAAGGGCGCUCGGUUGAUCAUACUGCCGGAGUGUUUCAACUCAACGUACAGUACGACCGAGUUUGGGCGCAACGCAGAAGCAAUCCCGGGCGGUGAAACCAGCCAGGCGCUGGCGAAAUUGGCUGCAGAACUGGGCAUCUACCUUGUCGGCGGAAGCUACCCGGAGCGAGACGGAACCAAGCUGUACAACACGUGCCCGGUGUUUGGCCCGAAAGGGGAGCUGCUGUGUAAGUAUCGCAAGAUGCAUCUGUUCGAUAUGGACAUUCCCGGCCAAGUGAGCUUCCAAGAAUCGGCAGUGUUAACACCGGGUGAGAGUUUGGCAACGUUCUCGAUUGGGCCGGUGAAGAUCGGUCUCGGAAUCUGUUACGACAAGCGGUUCGCCGAAUUCACCGCCUGCUACCAGCAGCUUGGCUGUGACAUGAUGAUCUUCCCGUCGGCCUUCGAUCCUUACACUGGUCCGUUGCAUUGGGAGCUGCUGGGACGGGCAAGGGCGCUGGACAACCAGAUGUACGUGGCGAUGGUGUCGCCGGCACGUGAUCCCACGCCAGAGUACGUCGCUUAUGGACACUCGCUGCUGUCUGAUCCUUGGGGCAGGGUGCUGUGUCGCGCGAAGGAAGAUCAGGAAACGUUGUUCGCUGAGGUCGACAUGAAGGUGUGUGAGGCGGUUCGGCAACAGAUACCAGUCCUUCGGCAGAAGCGUACCGAUGUGUAUGAACUAAAGUCAAAAACAUAGACGCGCAGGCGCACCUAAGAAAGGAAUGACCCAUGAGUCCGUGUUGAUCAACGCAAGAUCAUCGAUCAAAAUAAUAAAAAAGUGUACCACAAAAACGUGAAUUUCUCUCCAUAAGCCUCGGGCGGCUUAAUGAUGAGCUGCUGAUCAUCUCGUUUCCAAUGCUCGCACUUUCUCUUCGCCGUAAUCACUCGACAUGUAGCACAUCACAUACUAAAAGGUCAAUAAACCACCCACCAGUUGGCAUGAAAUGAUUGCGA